UGCAGGGAAAACCCGAGUGGGAAUUCUUCUUCCGGCGAAGACGCGUGUUUGGUGUUCGCCGGUGUUUUGAAUUGAGCAAGAAGCAAUAUGUGAAUAUUUCGCAAUGAUUUCAGGACAUAUUUGGACAACUGUUUCCUAUUUCUAGCAGGAACAUUUCAGACACAAGGAUCUGGUGGAUGUAGCGGUUCUCUUGUCCUCGUAUCGUUGUGUUGUUUUGAUUACGCCGGCAAAAUGGCGGAAUUGGGGAACAUGUUUGGAAGUGACGCAGAGAGCGACCGAGGAUCACAACAUUCGGGGUCAGGAGGCAGUGAACACUCAGGAUCCCCCCCAGGGAGUCCAGCUGGUAGCCAUGGCAGCAGGUCUGAUAGUGGAUCUGGGAGCGGGUCUCCAGGCAGUAGCCCAGCAGGUAGUAGAGACAACAGUCCAGCUGGAAGCAGGUCUGGGCGGAGUGGAUCUGGGAGUCCACCAGGGAGUCCGGCAGGGAGUGGAGGAGAUGGGAGCGCCCCAGGGAGUCCAGCUGGCAGCGGUGGCAGUGAUUCAGGAAGUGCGCCUGGCAGCCCAGAUGGCAGCGCGGUCAGUUACCAGGGCAGUGCCCCAGGGAGUCCAGCAGGUAGUGGUCCGGGCUCACCUGAUGGUAGUGCUGGUAGUCCUGCAGGAAGUGGCCCUGGGUCUCCUGCAGGAAGUGGCCCUGGGUCUCCUUCAGGGAGCGGACCUGGGUCUCCUGCAGGGAGCGGACCUGGGUCUCCUGCAGGGAGCGGACCUGGGUCUCCUGCAGGGAGCGGACCGGGAUCUCCUGCAGGAAGUGGCCCUGGGUCUCCUGCAGGGAGCGGACCUGGGUCUCCUGCAGGGAGCGGACCGGGGUCUCCUGAAGGGAGCGGACAUGGAUCUCCUGUGGGAAGUUAUGGAACCCCAGUAGGAUCAGAUCAUGAAGAUAGAAGUGCACCUGGAUCUCCAGUUGGCAGUGGCCAGGGAAGUGGAUCGGGCAGUCACAGAUCAGGCAGCCCGACAGGCAGUCACAGAUCGGGCAGCCCUGCAGGAAGUCACAGAUCAGGCAGCCCUGCAGGAAGUCACAGAUCAGGCAGCCCGACAGGCAGUCACAGAUCAGGCAGUCCGACAGGCAGUCACAGAUCGGGCAGCCCGACAGGCAGUCACAGAUCAGGCAGCCCUGCAGGAAGUCACAGAUCAGGUAGCCCGACAGGCAGUCACAGAUCAGGCAGCCCGACAGGCAGUCACAGAUCGGGGAGCCCUGCAGGAAGUCACAGAUCAGGCAGCCCAGCAGGUAGUCACAGAUCAGGUAGCCCCGCAGGGACUCACAGAUCGGGCAGCCCUGCAGGCAGUCACAGAUCCGGCAGUCCAACAGGUAGUCACAGAUCAGGCAGCCCGGCAGGCAGUCACAGAUCGGGCAGCCCUGCAGGCAGUCACAGAUCGGGCAGCCCUGCAGGGAGUCACAGAUCAGGCAGCCCCGCAGGGACUCACAAAUCUGGCAGUCCAGCAGGUAGUCACAGAUCCGGCAGCCCAACAGGUAGUCACAGAUCCGGCAGCCCAACAGGUAGUCACAGAUCAGGGAGCCCCGCAGGAAGCCACAGACCGGGCAGCCCUGCAGGAAGCCACAGAUCCGGCAGCCCUGCAGGCAGUCACAGAUCGGGCAGCCCAGCAGGUAGUCACAGAUCGGGCAGCCCAGCAGGAAGUCACAGAUUGGGCAGCCCUGCAGGCAGUCACCGAAGCAGGUCUGGCAGUCCAGUUGGCAGUCGCAAAUCGAGAUCACCAACUGGAAGCAACAGGGAGAGUCAUAGUCCUCAAGAUGGUGAGCAGGCAGAAAGAAAGAAGGUGAGGGCCAUUUUGAGUGAUGAUGAAGAGGACAUGGACACUGGGGAAGGAGCUGUACAGGGUGAGAUACAGAGCAGGGGAGGUGCUGUACAGGCAACUAUGGAUGACCUGUUCGGUGACGCAGAUGACAUCAGCUCUGAUGAGGAGGAGAAGAGACAGGCAGAGGACAGGGAUGAUGUUCCUCCCAGUAUGCCAGUAAUUGAGGAUGAUGACGAAGAAGAGAAAGAAGAAGAACCUCCGGAGACCAGGAUCGAGGUGGAAAUACCCAAGAUAACCACCAAUCUGGGCAAGGCUCUGCACUAUGUAAAGUUGCCCAACUUCCUCAGUGUGGAGACUAGACCCUUCGACCCCGUGACCUAUGAAGAUGAGAUAGAUGAGGAUGAGGUACUUGAUGAGGAAGGUCGCACAAGGAUGAAGCUAAAAGUGGAGAACACGAUGAGAUGGCGGACGUUGAAGGACGAGGAAGGGAAUGAUCGCAAGGAUGAUUUUGACAACACAGUCCGAGAGAGCAAUGCCCGCAUAGUGAAGUGGUCAGACGGCAGCAUGUCGCUGCACCUCGGGGAUGAAGUGUUUGACGUGUACUCAAUGCCCAUCAGCUCAGACUUCAACCAUUUGUUUGUGAGACAGGGUACUGGUCUCCAAGGACAAUCAGUCUUCAAAACUAAACUGUCAUUCAGGCCCCACUCAACCGAGUCGUUUACUCACCGAAAGAUGACCAUGUCCCUCGCUGAUCGCUCCACUAAAGCCCAGAAGGUCAAGGUCUUACCGAUAGCAGGUCAUGACCCUGAUGCACACAGGUCAGAGAUGAUCAAGAAAGAGGAGGAACGACUGCGAGCAUCUAUACGUAGAGAGAGUCAACAACGCAGGAUACGAGAACGGAGUCACGCACGGGGCCUGACGUCAUCGUAUCUGGAGGGAGGGGACGACGAUGAUGAGGACGAAGACGGAGAGAUGAUCUCACUGUCAGCCAUCAAGAAGCAGUACAAGCAGGGUGUCAGAAGAGAUCGGCAGAACAUCUACUCGUCAGACAGCGAUGAUGCCUAUGACUCUGAUCACCGGAGUGGGAAGAAAGGCAAGGCCAGGAUCGUGGAGAGCGAUGAGGAGGACUCUGGAUCCGACACUGGUCCGAAGAAGAAGAAGGCUCGAAUCGUAGACAGUGACGAUGAAGAGGACGGGGGUCGGGGAUCUGAGUCUGAGGGGGGUGAGGAUGAAGGAAGAGGGGGGAUGAUGUUGAUGUGGACAGUGACUGAGGAAGGGUUUGGGACAGGAAAGGGGUGUUGAUUUUUUUUUUCCUUUGGGGGUUGGGAUGUAGGAAGGGGGAUAAGGGGUAUAGAAAAGGGAGUGAGAUAGAGUUUUCGGGAUGAAGGGAGGGAUGUUGAUUGGGGGUUUGUUGAUUCAGAGAUCAUGAUAAAUAUUCAAUUGAAGAGAAAGAUCAUUUGCCAUAUGUAUUGUACAUUUUGUCUAAAAUAAAAUUUUGCAAGUAUGA